UGGAAUCCCCCAAAGAAGGUAAGGGGGGCAAGCCUUCCCCACCCUCCGUGAAGAACACCAAGAGGAGGGCAGAGGGCGCCAAGAAAGCCAAGGCCGACAGCCCCGUGAACGGCUUGCCGAAGGGGCGAGAGAGUCGAAGUCGGAGUCGGAGCCGUGAGCAGAGCUACUCGAGGUCCCCAUCCCGAUCGGCGUCUCCUAAGAGGAGGAAAAGUGACAGCGGCUCCACGUCUGGCGGGUCCAAGUCGCAGAGCCGCUCCCGGAGCCGGAGUGACUCCCCACCGAGACAGGCCCCCCGCAGUGCUCCCUACAAAGGCUCUGAGAUUCGGGGCUCCCGGAAAUCCAAGGACUGCAAGUACCCCCAGAAGCCACACAAGUCUCGGAGCCGGAGUUCAUCCCGUUCCCGAAGCAGGUCACGGGAGCGGGUGGAUAAUCCAGGAAAAUACAAGAAGAAAAGUCAUUACUACAGAGAUCAGCGACGGGAGCGCUCGAGGUCAUACGAACGCACGGGCCGUCGCUAUGAGCGGGACCACUCCGGGCACAGCAGGCAUCGGAGCGCAGGUGACCCUAGAGCAGGAUUCUUUUUGGAAAUGUAUGUUGAGUGGACCUUGGUGGAUUUGGAAAUGGAACGGAGGGACCGGUGACACGUGCUUCAGACCGGUCUGGGGUGCGGCGCACACCUGGACCCGUGCAGGGCCCGGCUCGGCGGCAGCUCUGAGGCCAGCUCGAUGAAAAAGUGAACGCACACGCCCCUGUUGGCGUGGCCUGGUGCUAUCGGCAGCCGCUUUCCACUCCCCGACUGAUACUCAAUUACGUGAAGCCAAGAAAGAUGAUUUUUAGAAUCUUUGCCUAUAUUAGGUUGUACUUAUGUACAUAUUUUGCAGUGUUUCACAAGAGAAAAUGGCCUUAAUUGCCCCUUAUUCUCUCUCCACAUUGUAAAUAAACAUGUGUUUAAUACAAGUUAAAGCUA